GAGCGCUGCCGGGCACAGAGCGGAGCGCCAGGCGCCUACAGGAAGCCCAGGAGCCCGGGCCGGGGGCGAUCGGCCCGAAGCGCCCUCGGGUCUGUCCCUGGGGCGCCAUGGCCCCACCGAGGCCAGGCGCUCCCGCGGGGCCCCGGGCGCGUCGGCUGGCGCAUAGCUGAAAGGGGUGCUGCUUGGAGAGGCCGGGGCCCCCUGAGGUACAAGUGGGGGCCGGGGCCAUGGAGCCCCCGGCCGCCCCCUCGGAGAGAAGCCUGUCUCUGUCUCUGCCCGGGCCCCGGGAGGGCCAGGCCACCCUGAAGCCGCCCCCCCAGCACCUGUGGCGGCAGCCGCGGACCCCGAUCCGUAUCCAGCAGCGCGGCUAUUCGGACAGCGCGGAGCGCGCAGAUCCCGAGCGGCCGCCACACCGGCCCAUAGAGCGCGCCGACGCCGUGGACACUGGCGACCGACCUGGCCUGCGCACGUCUCGCAUGUCCUGGCCCUCGUCCUUUCACGGCACUGGCAGCGGCAGCGGCAGCGCGGGUGGAGGCAGCUGCAGGCGCUUCGAGGCAGAGAAUGGGCCGACGCCAUCACCAGGCCGCAGCCCCCUGGACUCGCAGGCGAGCCCGGGCCUCGUGCUGCACGCUGGGGUGGCCACCAGCCAACGCCGAGAGUCCUUCCUCUACCGCUCUGACAGCGACUAUGACAUGUCACCCAAGACCAUGUCCCGGAACUCGUCGGUCACCAGCGAGGCGCAUGCAGAGGACCUCAUCGUGACGCCAUUCGCCCAGGUGCUGGCCAGUCUCCGGAGCGUUCGCAGCAACUUCUCACUCCUGACCAAUGUGCCCAUUCCCAGCAACAAGAGGUCCCCGCUGGGCGGCCCAACCCCUGUCUGCAAGGCCACACUGUCAGAGGAGACAUGUCAGCAGUUGGCCCGGGAGACAUUGGAGGAGUUGGACUGGUGUCUGGAACAGCUGGAGACCAUGCAGACCUACCGCUCUGUCAGCGAGAUGGCCUCCCACAAGUUCAAGAGGAUGCUAAACCGUGAACUCACACACCUGUCAGAGAUGAGCAGGUCAGGAAACCAAGUCUCUGAGUACAUCUCCACUACAUUCCUGGAUAAGCAGAAUGAAGUGGAGAUCCCAUCACCCACAAUGAAGGAUCAUGAAAAACAGCAAGCACCACGGCAGAGACCUUCCCAGCAGCCCCUGCCCCCUGGGCCACAGUUCCAGCCCAUGUCACAGAUCACCGGGGUGAAAAAGAUGAUGCAUAGCAGCAGCCUGAAUGAGGAUUCCAGCAUUCCCCGCUUUGGGGUGAAGACCGAUCAAGAGGAGCUCCUGGCCCAAGAACUGGAAAACCUGAACAAGUGGGGCCUGAACAUCUUUUGUGUGUCCGAUUAUGCCGGGGGCCGUUCCCUCAGCUGUAUCAUGUACACAAUAUUCCAGGAGCGGGACCUGCUGAAGAAGUUCCGCAUCCCGGUGGACACGAUGGUGACCUACAUGCUGACCCUAGAGGACCACUACCACCCCGAUGUGGCCUACCACAACAGCCUGCAUGCGGCAGACGUGCUGCAGUCCACUCACGUGCUGCUGGCCACACCUGCGCUGGAUGCCGUGUUCACGGACCUGGAGAUUCUCGCCGCCCUCUUCGCAGCUGCCAUCCAUGACGUGGACCACCCUGGGGUCUCCAACCAGUUCCUCAUCAACACCAAUUCGGAGCUGGCGCUCAUGUACAAUGACGAGUCGGUGCUGGAGAACCACCACCUGGCCGUGGGCUUCAAGCUGCUGCAGGAAGACAACUGCGACAUCUUCCAGAACCUCAGCAAGCGUCAGCGGCAGAGCCUGCGCAAGAUGGUCAUCGACAUGGUGCUGGCCACGGACAUGUCCAAGCACAUGACCCUCCUGGCUGACCUGAAGACCAUGGUGGAAACCAAAAAAGUGACCAGCUCAGGGGUCCUCUUGCUGGAUAACUACUCCGACCGCAUCCAGGUCCUGCGGAACAUGGUGCACUGUGCGGACCUCAGCAACCCCACCAAACCCCUGGAGCUGUACCGCCAAUGGACUGACCGCAUCAUGGCUGAGUUCUUCCAGCAGGGUGACCGUGAACGGGAGCGUGGCAUGGAGAUCAGCCCCAUGUGCGACAAGCACACGGCCUCAGUGGAGAAGUCUCAGGUUGGUUUCAUCGACUAUAUUGUACACCCACUGUGGGAGACGUGGGCUGACUUGGUCCACCCCGAUGCCCAAGAGAUCCUGGACACAUUGGAGGACAACCGGGACUGGUACUACAGCGCCAUUAGGCAGAGCCCAUCACCACCACCGGAGGAGGAGCCCGGGGGACCAGGUCACCCACCCCUACCUGAUAAGUUCCAAUUUGAGCUGACACUGGAGGAGGAAGAGGAGGAGGAGGUGUCCACUGGCCCGGGUACAGUCAAAGUGCAGGAAUUGUCCACAGCCCGGGAUGCUGAGCAACCCUUGGAGGUAGAGGAAAUGUACUUGACACAGCGAGCAGACUUAGCAGAUAGUGUGGCUACGGGUGGCCAGGACGGGCCCACGUCUCCAGAUGCAUCCCUGGAUGCUGUGGGCUGCAGCAGCCCCUCUGCCCUGUCUUCUGAGAGCUUCCCUCUGCCUGCCUUGAGGACCCUUCCCCCUCCAGAGGGGGACCCGGGCCUUCUGGGCCUCCCCUCCAUGGCAGCCGAGGUGGGGGCCCAAAAAGAGCAUCAGGCUGCCAAGAGGGCGUGCUGUGCCUGCACAGGGACGUCGGCCGAGGAUCCACCCACACUUUCAGCUCCUGGAGGGUGGGGGCCAGCUGGAGGCCCUACCUGAGCCUCAGCCCCCGCACCCUGUUACCCACCCUGCCUCCUGCCACUACCAUCACCCCCCGACCUCCUCCACUGCCUCAAAGACUUUUGGGCCUCCUGAGAAAAAAGAAAACAGAAAAGUGGUUUUUUUUCUCUUUUCUUUUUUGCCCCUUUCCCCCCACCCCCACCCACGGGGCCUCUUUUUGGAGGUGGGGGCUGGGAAACAAGGGGCUGAGGUCCUGGAAGGGAUUUUAUUUUUGGAAUUUUAAUUGUUACAUUUUUAAAAAAAGGAAAAAAAAAAAAACAGGAUGAAACACAGCAACUGUAGAUGCUCCUGUUCCCGGCUCCCCCUCAUCCAUCUCCAACCCCCCUACCUGCCCCCCUAGGUUCCAGGCUUAGUCUUCCGGCCUCUCUGGGCUCUUUGCCUGGUGUAGGGUCUCCCUCCAGAUUUUUCUUCUGAAUUUUGGAGGGUCUCUAGAACCCAGCCAGGAAUAGCCAUUCGGGGGCAGGGGGGCUCUGGGGGUGGAGGGUUGGAGGGGUCCCAGCUCCAGCCCCUCUCUGGCUCUCUGCCCUCCCCUCGGAAGUCUUCCGCCUCAUUUUGCACAAACCUGGCAAUACUGAUUCACGGGGGACUGGCAGGGCAGGAGCUGUGGGCUUUAGGAUUCAGGGGUGGGGCCUUGGAGGGACAUUCAUAUCACUAACCUGGGGUCUGAGGUCUGAUUCCCCCUCCCCCCACCACUUGCCACCCCUUUCCCCUUCCACUUGGGUUUCCGUUUGAAUUUUUUCCCUGUGGGGCUGGACGGCUUAGAGCCGCACCCCUGCUUCCAGCUGCUUCUCCUCUUGUUUCUGCCUUAAUGAUUCCCACUGCCAUAGGAGAGGGGGUUGCAGUGGCUCCCACCUGCUCUUUGGGUGGGGUGGGUCCAGGCCCAGAGCCCCCAUCCUGGGCUCCCCCCCUUCCCCAGCAUCCUCCUUCCCCCCCCACUCUUUGCCCUAGGAGGAAGCAAUAACGGUGUAUACCCACAUUCCCUUUCUGGGCAGCCCUCACCCACCCUGGCACCAAAGUCAUUUUUUCUUUGCCCUCACCUUGCCAAGCCUCCCCCUUCCCCCUAAGCUAUUCCCUGAGCAAUACAACAGACAGAUGCAAGGCCAUUUUUCUCCAAGCCAUGGGGGACUGUCUGGAAGGAGAAACCCCCUCUGCCCCCUCCCCUCUGCCCUUGGCCUGGUUCUGCAACUUGGGCAGGACCGGCCUCUCUCGUUUCCCUCCCCUCUGAUUCUGAGCACACGGUACUGUAGCCUCCAGCUCCCCCAAGCCUUCCAUCUAUCUGUCCUUCCCAGUGGGGAGUGCCACCCGCUCCCACCCCCAUGAUGCUGUACAGGGUUCAUUUUUAAUAGUUUUAGUCCCAGCCGGUGACCGGAGUGGGUUUGUUUUGUUUUGUUGUUUUUUUGGUUUUCCUUUUUCUUUCUUUUUCGUUAGCUUUUUUUUUUUUUUUUUGUACAUACUGUAAGGUUGGUUUGUAAAUUAUUCUACAGAGGCAAAAAGGGAAAAUAAACUUGCCCUUCCCCCACUGACUCAGUCAGGGGAAGGAGGGGUGGGGGUCUCCUGGAGGGAGUCUCCAUUCCUACUGUAUUAUACAAACUGUACCAUACAUAGACCCCGAAGUGUGGACUCAGCGCUGUUGUUUAACAGGGAGUCAUCAAGGGGGGGAGGGGCUUGGUUGAGCCUGCCCCUCCCCUCUGCCAACCGGCCGGGCAAGAUUGGCAGCUGGGGACUGGGACCCAGAUGGGGAGCCACAGGAACCCCCGUGAGCUGCUAGAGUGUUGUCCACUUUGUCGAUCAAUCAGUCGGUCUGCUGAUCGAUAAUCAGUCCUUCGAUCUUGUCUCUAAUUAAACCGAGCCUUUCACCGAU